AAUAUCGGUUUCGGGCAGGAGGCAGUGACUUUGCUCUGUCUGAAAAGACGCAAUGCGGAUUGGGUGACAAUCCCCACGAUGCUGACUGGCUGUCUGUCUACACCAUUGGUUGAACUGUUGCAGACCUCGACUGGGAAAACACUGUGGUACGCAAUCCUGUUCUUGCGCCACAUAGGAGGAGGCACCAGGGUGAUCAUUCUUCUACAUAGAUUUCUUGCUCCUUGAGAUCUCAUCUCCCCCAACUUGCAAAGUACCUACUGUUGAUAUUUCCACAAACCUCGAGUCUGGUUGCAACUACCAUGAUGUUUCCUCAAACCACAAGCCUGACUCUCUUCACCAUCUGGACGCUCUGCCAGCUCCAGUUGGCGGCCGGGAAUUUCGUGCAGUUUUACGAUAGACCGUCACACCUGGGAGUUGCCCUAUCAACAUUCACCAACAGUACUGGUAAUGGCUCCGGCACGGGCUCCGGCACGGGCUCCGACCAAAAUGAAUUGCUGUUCCAGUUAACCGUGCCCUCGAGUGCCGGCUGGGGUGCCAUUGGCACGGGCGACAAGAUGGAUGGCUCAUUGAUGUUCAUCCUCUAUCCUUCCACCGAUUCAGAUGAAGCUACAGUGAGCGUCCGAACUGCACAUGGCCAUAAUACACCUGAAGCUUUUGAUGGACUUCAGUAUCGCGUCCUAAAGACCUCCAACGAUGGUGCAAGUUUGACAGCCGAUGUCCAAUGCUUCAACUGCACCAAAUACUCGGGAAACUCGAUUGACAUAACCUCCGCUAAACAACCAUGGAUCUGGGCCAUUGGCCCUGGGGAUCCCGUCAGGUCAAAUUCUCAGAAUGCUGACAUCGAGCAACAUUCUCAUUAUGGAGUUUUCUUUGCCAAGAUGGAUAAAGCCCGGGCCACAGCUGCCAGUGUGCCCUCGGUCACUGGGACGUUCAACAUCAACACGACAGCACAACCCGGAUACAUCAACGACCUUGUCGUCCUGCAUGCUAUCCUGCUCGGUGUGGCUUUUGUCAUUGCAUUUCCACUAGGUGCUGUCUCGCUGAGGGUGUUUCGGUCCUUCAAGAUCCACUGGAUUGUACAACUUUGCACUUCAGUCGCAUGUCUCAUUGGACUUUGCGUCGCGAUCGCCUUCAGUGUUCUUGGUGUUGAAUGGACCGACUUUAACUCUGCGCACCAGAUCAUUGGCAUCGUGGUUGUUGUUCUAACGUUGGUCCAAGGUAUGCUGGGCUACCGACAUCACAUGAACUACAAAAAUCUCAAAGGGAGAACGGUGGUGUCGUACGUACACAUCUUGUUCGGGAGAGGCAUCAUAUGGUUCGGGAUGCUGAACAGCGUGUUGGGCUUUCUUUUGGCUGAUUCCAACGGCAAGGCAGCAGGUGCAGGAGCUGUCUCGAUAAUUGUGAUCCUCCUGAUGGAGGGGGCGCUGUUCUGGGCCCGUCGACGUGGUCUUUCAAAGUCUAAGUCUUCCAGCACGACCAUUCUGCCACUUACAACCAUGCUGGAUCCGGACAGAGUGUGGGAGUGACGCCUUUUUGAUGCGUUGGCAGGAUGGCUCCAGUUUGUAUGAGCAGUGAUUGUGCCUCUUGUGAUCAUGACAUCGUAGACAUAGCACCGGUUCAGAUAUUGGUGGCAUCAAUAUUGCAGAACUUUUUCUUCGUGAGGCUGGUAACGUGAUACCCUAUCUGUGGCACUGUGUGCCCUGAUAGA